GUAGGCGGCGGCACAUCAAUUUGACAGAAUUAACAGCUGAAAAGCAACUGAAAAGUCUUUGAAAUAAACAAUUUUCAAAUUGUAUUAAAUUAAUAACAACUGUAAAUGAAGAACGGUAAUAGUGUUUCUUGAUAAAACAAGUGUUAGUUUGUUCUAUAAUUCGCGAGUUUGCAUUUUGCCUAGUUUUCCUUCAAGUAAAUCAAUAAUAUCAACCGACGAAUUAGUUUAUUCGUUUCUAACCUCAAAAAUGAGUGCACGAAGAAGACGCUCAGGGGGAAGAAACCGCCGUAUACAGCCCGUCGGGCUGCAGGCUCUACGAUCGGACGCAGAUUUCGAGGACAUGCCCUUAUCUAUGUUAGCACUAUUACAAGCAUCGGCUCGAAAAAAAACUCCCCAAAGGAGGAGGAAAAACGCACCUAGGGCUAGGCCCUCUGUUCAGACGACGUCUGUUGAAACCAUAAACUUGGAUGAGAGUGUUGAAAAUGCCGGAAUAGUGGAAAGAGUGAACUCAAAGAUUGACACGUUUAUGGAGACGGCUAGUUUUAUUUCAAGUGAUGAGGAGGAGGCUGAGAUGAUCAAGGCGAAAACUAACAAAAAACCAGUGCCAAAUCAGUUUUUUAUUUCAGACGACUCUGAUGAUGACAUUCAAGUUGUAAAUGUGGACAAGAAAACAAGUACUGCUGGGACAAGUACUAGCACGGCAACGUCCAACGAGUCUAAAGCAGAAGCGACAGAAGAUGAUAUAAUGCACUUGAUUGAUACGGUUCUAGACAACUCAAAUCAGUUAAAUGAAACAGCGGCAAAUCAGGCGAAAAGUUUGGAAGAGUAUAGGAAAGAAACCGAAGAAAUGUUGAAAAAAGCGUCUUCGCUUUUAGAUGAAUUCAAGACUGGUAGGAAACCUGAACCCGAAGUUCAGAAAGUAGAAUCUCCGAAAGUAACGGUUGGGUCUUGUCCAAUAUGCUUAGAAGCUCUGAGUGAGCGCCCAGCUGCGGUCACAGUUUGUGGCCAUAUUUUCUGUAAAGAGUGCAUUACCCAAACAGCUAAGGCUAUGAAGAAAUGCCCAACCUGCCGUAAAGCAAUUACCGUUAAAAAAAUUCAUCCAAUUUAUUUCUAAUGAUUUUAUGUGUUCAAUUUUUCGUACUUAAAAAUGAAUUGGAAUUUGUGUUUUUUUUUGGUAGCCAUCUUGAACCCAUUGUGAUACUGAAAGUAGGGGUGAUCAAUUUUUGGGCUACUUUUUUUGUACCGUUGUAGCAAGAAUUUAUAUUAAUUUACUUCAAAUUUUGUAAAAAACAUAAGUUUUUUGCUGAUACAUUAAAAUUUCUUGCAUUAUUAAUUAUCCUUUUAUGUAUUCUCGGAGGACUAGGUUUUAAGGCUCGACUCACUAUGUCAUCUUGCUAUAGCUACUUAUAAACCAUUAUUCUAAUAAGUGUAUUUUUUUAUUACCAAUUAAAUACUUUGUUCUGUA